AUGGGGUUCUGUUACGGGGCAGCCCUCCAUGAUCUGAGGGUGCUGGAAUGUGCCCUCGGCAGUGACCCGGAUCUAAGUGGGACAGUGGGAGACACAAAAAUGCACUCCCGGGGGGCCCUCGGGACCGUUGCCAAAAGGGCCUGCUCCUGGGCUGGGUGGUACAGAGGCUACACCUUGCGGAAAAAGUCCAAGAAGGGCAUAUUUCCUGCUUCCUAUAUUCACCUGAAAGACGCCAUCGUUGAAGGGAAAGGGCAACAUGAGACAGUCAUCCCCGGAGACCUCCCGCUCAUCCAGGAAGUCACCACCACCCUCCGCGAGUGGUCCGCCAUCUGGAGGCAGCUCUACGUGCAGGAUAACAGGGAGAUGUUCCGGAGCGUGCGGUGCAUGAUCUGCGACCUCAUCGAGUGGCGGUCCCAGAUCCUGUCGGGCACUCUGCCGCAAGACGAGCUCAAAGAGCUGAAGAAGAAGGUCACUGCUAAAAUCGACUAUGGAAACAGAAUUCUUGAUUUGGACCUGGUAGUGAGAGAUGAAGAUGGGAACAUUUUGGAUCCAGAGUUAACUAGCACAAUCAGUCUCUUCAGAGCCCAUGAAAUAGCGUCUAAGCAAGUGGAAGAAAGAUUACAAGAAGAGAAAUCCCAGAGGCAGAACAUGGACAUCAACAGACAAGCGAAGUUUGCUGCUACCCCUUCCCUGGCCUUGUUUGUCAACCUCAAGAAUGUGGUUUGCAAGAUAGGAGAAGAUGCCGAAGUCCUCAUGUCCCUGUAUGACCCUGUGGAGUCCAAGUUCAUCAGUGAGAACUACCUGGUGCGCUGGUCGAGCUGCGGGCUGCCCAAGGACAUAGACCGGCUCCACCACCUGCGGGCCGUGUUCACCGACCUUGGGAGCAAAGACCUGAAAAGGGAGAAAAUCAGUUUCGUCUGUCAGAUCGUGCGAGUGGGGCGCAUGGAGCUGAGGGACAGCAACACGCGAAAGCUGACCUCGGGCCUGCGGCGGCCCUUCGGCGUGGCCGUGAUGGACGUAACAGAUAUCAUAAAUGGAAAAGUAGAUGAUGAGGACAAGCAGCACUUCAUUCCGUUUCAGCCGCUCGCGUUGGACGACGCCAUUCGACACAAGCCGCUGAACAUGUCAUCCCGUUUUUCACCCAGGGUGGCAGGGGAGAAUGACUUCCUUCAAACGGUUAUAAACAAAGUCAUUGCUGCCAAAGAAGUCAACCACAAGGGCCAGGGUUUGUGGGUUACGCUGAAACUGCUCCCGGGAGAUACUCGCCAGAUCAGGAAAGAGUUUCCUCACUUGGUGGACAGGACCACGGCCGUGGCUCGGAAAACGGGGUUCCCGGAGAUAAUCAUGCCUGGUGAUGUUCGGAAUGACAUCUACGUGACGUUGGUCCAAGGAGACUUUGACAAAGGAAGCAAGACGACGGCCAAGAAUGUCGAGGUCACCGUGUCUGUGUAUGACGAGGACGGCAAGCGGCUCGAGCAUGUGAUUUUCCCGGGUGCCGGCGAUGAGGCGAUUUCGGAGUACAAGUCGGUGAUUUACUACCAAGUGAAGCAGCCACGCUGGUUUGAGACCGUCAAGGUGGCCAUCCCCAUCGAGGACGUCAGCCGCAGCCACCUGCGCUUCACCUUCCGCCACCGGUCCUCCCAGGACUCGAAGGAUAAGUCAGAGAAGAUAUUCGCGCUGGCGUUCGUCAAGCUGAUGCGAUAUGACGGGACCACGCUGAGGGACGGGGAGCACGACCUCAUCGUCUACAAGGCCGAAGCCAAGAAGCUGGAGGACGCUGCCACGUACCUGAGCCUGCCCUCGACCAAGGCGGAGCUGGAGGAGAAGGGCCACUCGGCCACGGGCAGGGGCAUGCAGAGCCUGGGCAGCUGCACCAUCAGCAAGGACUCCUUCCAGAUCUCCACCCUCGUGUGCUCCACCAAGCUGACCCAGAACGUGGACCUCCUGGGGCUCCUGAAGUGGCGCUCCAACACCAGCCUGCUGCAGCAGAACCUGAGGCAGCUGAUGAAGGUGGACGGCGGCGAAGUGGUGAAGUUCCUCCAGGACACGCUGGACGCCCUCUUCAACAUCAUGAUGGAGAACUCCGAGAGCGAGACUUUCGACACCUUGGUGUUUGAUGCGCUGGUGUUCAUCAUUGGACUCAUUGCUGAUAGAAAGUUCCAGCAUUUUAACCCUGUGCUGGAGACCUACAUUAAGAAGCACUUCAGCGCGACCCUAGCCUACACGAAGCUGACCAAGGUCUUGAAGAACUACGUGGACAACGCUGAGAAGCCGGGCAUCAACGAGCAGCUGUAUAAGGCCAUGAAGGCCUUGGAGUACAUCUUCAAGUUCAUCGUGCGCUCCCGGAUCCUGUUCAAUCAGUUGUAUGAGAACAAGGGGGAGGCCGCCUUCGUGGAGUCGCUGGUGCAGCUCUUCCAGUCCGUCAGCACCAUGAUGAGCAGCGCGUCGGACCAGACCGUCAGGGUGAAGGGGGCGGCGCUCAAGUACCUGCCAGCCAUCGUCAAUGAUGUGAAACUGGUGUUUGACCCCAAAGAGCUCAGUAAAAUGUUCACUGAUUUCAUCCUCAACGUCCCCACGGGAUUGCUGACCAUCCAGAAGCUGUACUGCCUGAUCGAGAUCAUUCACAGUGACCUCUUCACACAGCACGAUUGCCGAGAGGUCCUGCUUCCCAUGAUGACCGACCAGCUCAAGCACCACCUGGAGAGGCAAGAGGACCUGGAAGCCUGCUGCCAGCUGCUCAGUCACAUCCUCGAGGUGCUGUACAGGAAGGACGUGGGCCCAACUCAGAGGCACGUGCAGAUCAUCAUGGAGAAGCUUCUCCGCACCGUGAACCGGACCGUCAUCUCCAUGGGGCGGGACUCGGAGCUCAUCGGGAACUUCGUGGCCUGCAUGACAGCCAUCUUGCGGCAGAUGGAAGAUUACCAUUACGCCCACUUGAUCAAGACCUUUGGGAAAAUGAGGACGGACGUCGUGAACCUGCUGGUGGGUGUCCUCGGGGUCUGGUGCGGACUCCUCUUUGCCAAGGUGUCCCCGCUUUUCAUGGUGUCGAAGCAGCCGACCGGGCUGGCGGCGAGGAGAGUGAGCGGGGAGGGCGGCCAUGGGCCCGAGGCCUCCCCCCGGAACGGCUGCCAGGACGCCCGCGGCGUGUCUGCGUUCACGCCAAGUCCGGGGGGCAACACGAGGCCUGAGAAGCCUGAGCAGCUUCCGGGGGUCAUGCGGCUGCAGACGCACCUGGCCGUGCGUGAGAGCUGCGUGCAGCCUGUGGUGGGCGCCUGGGCCCGCGGGCACGUGACCGGGCGGGGGCCUGGCUUCUGGAGGCCGGGACCAGGCGCGUCCUCCCCCGGCCUGACCGGCAGCCGUCGCCUGAGCCGUCUGACGCUGCAGAGACGAGUGUUCCUGCGAGCGAUUAAUCAGUAUGCAGAUAUGCUGAACAAAAAAUUUCUGGAUCAAGCCAACUUUGAGCUACAGCUGUGGAACAACUACUUCCACCUGGCCGUGGCUUUCCUCACGCAGGAGUCCUUGCAGCUGGAGAACUUCUCAAGCGCCAAGAGAGCCAAGAUCCUCAACAAGUAUGGAGAUAUGAGAAGACAGAUUGGCUUCGAAAUCCGAGACAUGUGGUACAACCUCGGUCAACACAAGAUCAAGUUCAUCCCGGAAAUGGUUGGCCCGAUACUGGAGAUGACGCUGGUCCCGGAGACGGAGCUGCGGAAGGCCACCAUCCCCAUCUUCUUCGACAUGAUGCAGUGUGAGUUCCACUCGACCCGCAGCUUCCAGAUGUGGUCGGAGGACGUGUGCGUGGCCAACCUCACCCAGCGGGAUGGGUACCAGGCCCCCACGCAGGGGCAGCUCAAGGAGCAGCUGUACCAGGAAAUCAUCCACUACUUCGACAGAGGCAAGAUGUGGGAGGAGGCCAUCGCCCUGGGCAAGGAGCUGGCGGAGCAGUACGAGAACGAGAUGUUUGACUACGAGCAGCUCAGUGAACUGCUGAAAAAACAGGCCCAGUUUUAUGAGAACAUCGUCAAGGUGAUCAGGCCCAAGCCGGACUACUUCGCCGUGGGCUACUACGGACAAGGGUUCCCCACGUUCCUCCGGGGGAAGGUCUUCAUCUACCGGGGCAAGGAGUACGAGCGAACGUCUCGUUUCUGUCCUAGUUUUUACAGGGUGAAUGAGGUGCAGCGCUUUGAAUACUCCCGACCGAUCCGCAAGGGAGAGAAGAACCCCGACAAUGAAUUUGCGAACAUGUGGAUCGAGAGAACCGUCUACACCACGGCCUACAAACUCCCUGGAAUUUUGAGGUGGUUUGAGGUCAAGUCUGUUUUCAUGGUGGAGGUCAGCCCCCUAGAGAACGCCAUCGAGACGAUGCAGCUGACCAACGACAAGAUGAGCAGCAUGGUCGAGCAGCAUCUGAGCGACCCCAGCCUCCCCAUCAACCCCCUGUCCAUGCUCCUGAACGGCAUCGUGGACCCCGCCGUCAUGGGCGGUUUUGCCAAUUACGAAAAGGCACGAGCGCCCGCAGCUCACAGGAAAGUUGAAAGAAUCUAGCAACCUCCGCCGUUCCAGAUCCCGUUCUUGGCCGAAGGCGUCAGGAUCCACGGCGACAAGGUCACAGAGGCGCUGCGGCCCUUCCACGAGCGCAUGGAGGCCUGCUUCCGGCAGCUCAAGGAGAAGGUGGAGAAGCAGUACGGCGUGCGCACCCUGCCCUCGGGCCUGGACGACCGCCGAGGCAGCCGGCCCCGCUCCAUGGUCCGCUCCUUCACCAUGCCGUCCUCGUCCCGGCCUCUGUCGGUGGCCUCCGUCUCGUCCCUGUCGUCCGACAGCACCCCUUCCAGGCCGGGUUCUGACGGCUUCGCCCUGGAGCCGCUCCUGCCCAAGAAGAUGCACUCCAGGUCCCAGGACAAGCUGGACAAGGACGACCCCGACAAGGAGAAGAAGGACAAGAAGAAGGAAAAAAGGAACAGCAAGCACCAGGAGAUAUUCGAGAAGGACUUCAGGCCUGCCGACAGCCCCCUGCAGCAGUCCGAGGCCGUGAUCCUCUCGGAAACGAUCAGCCCCCUGCGGCCCCAGAGGCCGAAGAGCCAGGUGAUGAGCGCCGCGGGGACCGAGCGGCGCUUCUCCGUGUCCCCGUCGCCGCCGCCCUCCCAGCAGAUGCCCCCUCCCGUCACGCCCAGGGCCAAGCUCAGCUUCAGCUUGCAGUCCAGCUUGGAGCUGAACGGCACGAGCGGGCUGGACGCCGCCGAGGUCCCGCCCCCACUGCCUCUCAAGGGCGGCCUGGCGGACUACGGGAACCUGAUGGGGAACCCGGAGCCUGCAGGGUCGCCCGGCCCCCCGCCGCCGCCGCCUCACCAGAGGCACCUGCCGCCCCCACUGCCCAGCAAAACCCCACCUCCUCCGCCCCCCAAGACCACACGCAAGCAGACCUCGGUGGACUCUGGAAUCGUGCAGUGACCGCGGCCGACGCUGGGAGAGCGAGCCGGCCCCUCCGUGUCCUUUCCGUGUCUGGAGUUCACCUCGUGGGCCUGCAACGCUGACCGUUGGUGCAAUCGCUUUCCCUAACAGAAGCUCCUUUCCAGCCACGCGUGCGGCCUCGCGUGGGGAGGGCGCGGGACCUCGGGGCCGACGGCGUGUUCACCGAAACAGGACUUCUCGUCUGUGCGCCAGCGAGCCGCGGCCCUGCCAGCAGCGCUUCCUUCCUGUGCCAGCGGAGCCCGGGGCAGGCGGCCACGCCGUGACCUCGGGGUCCAGCUUCUCUGAGCGACGCCAGCUUCUCCCGGCCGCCCCUCAGGCCCACCUCCCGCGGCUGCCGCUGACCGCGGUCAGCUGGUCCUCCCACACGGCGGCGGCGGGCAGCCCUCAGGCGGCCACCCCUCGUGCAUCGAGGCAGGGUCUCAGCUACUGCACGCCACGGAUUUGUGGAGUGGAAACACCACUGAAAAUACUGGAUCCCGUGGAAAGACAGUGACCGCGCAGGAAGACAAAGUCCCAUGUUGGAGAAAGAACAGCUGCAGCACGAGGCGGCUGUGACGAGGCGCCCGGCUGCCGCCCAGUGUGCACAGGACGGGUGUCUGUGUGGUGGCUCUCGGGUCUGUGUAACUCUGUCACCUUCCCACUUACCGUGAUAAACACCCGUGAGUGAGUCUCCUGUAUGUUCUUAACCUUUAACUGCUGGAAAUGUAAAAUACCCACAGCGAGUUGUCUGUUUCAGAGCCCCGAGACGCCGGUGGACAAUGAUUCUUAAAAACUAACUUUGUGUCACCUAAUAUUUUUAUUCUGUCAUCUAUAUUUUUUUAUUCAUUGUAAUCAUGAUACUCUUUAGUAGCAUCGAAGUUAAUCAUUGGCGAUGAGAAAUAAAAUGUUA